UCCCUAAGAGACGAUACCCGGACUUUCCGGUUUUACUACAAGAUAGGAAUUAAGGCAUAUACGCUUUUGCCCUGUCAAGUUUUUGGGGUGCCGUUGUCGGGGACUGCCAUACCUUGUUUUUAUUGAUUAUAGCGAGUGAUAUAUGGCCAAGUGUAACCACUUCCUAAAGCGUAGUAUAGCGGGUUUAGGUUUAAUUAUCAACCCGGGUCCUAGAUUUGCUGACUACUCAGUGAGUUCUUGUUAUCUAGCAAUAAAACUGGAGUGCAAGUCUAAACUACCAAACAAACAAAGCAAGUAAACUGGUUGUAUUCAGGUUAAAGAGGUCACCCGGAUAUGGUUCCCCCUAGACUGCAGUUAAGCCGGAUUGUAAUUACCAAGUUCAGUUUCUAUGACAGUUAUACUGCGGAAGGUUCUUAAACAGCCUGAAGUCUAGACUAAAGGUCUUCAGACCCUCUCAAUCUGACUCUCUAGCGGGCGACUAACCUCCACCGGAGUCGACAGAUUGAGGCCCUAAGAACAAAACCUCCACUACCGGAGUAAAUCCGGUACAGAAUACUGAGUUGGCUCCUCGACUAAAGUCACCAACUCCCUACCUUCAAUCAAGGAUACUCUAUUAACCUAGGCAGAUAUUCUCAUUCUAGGUCAAAGCAGAAACAACAGGAAUUUGAUCAGGAUUCAAGUCAUUCAAUCAUUAAAACCUCAAUCGAAUAUAAUCAAUCAUAGAAUCAGUACUUGGGUUCAUACAAUCAAAGCCUAACAUACAAAUCUAGGGUUCUCCAUACCCAGAUGAAUGGGAGAACUACUCCAUGGAGAAGAAAGCAAAAGCAGAAUCAGACACGGAAUUCAUACUGCGAAGGAUGGAUUCCUGCUUCUGGACGUUGAUUGGCACUUCUCCAAGCUCAAGCUGGCCUCCAAUGGUGUUGAAGAUCAAUCUAGGGCACUUGGGAACUCUUGCUCGUCACUUUCUCUCUCUAGAAGUCAUUCUUUCUCUCCAAAACUCGAAUCCCCCGAAUUGUGGCUGAAAAUCUGCUUAAAAGGAGAAAACCCCGACUCACACGGCCAGGGUGGCACGGCCGUGCAGCUCACCCAGUUGCCCGUGUGAGUCAAAACGCAUCGUUUCAUUUAGUUCGAAUUACAGGCUCUUUGCACGGCCAGAAUGGCACGGCCGUGUGGACAUCCCCUCUUGCCCGUGUUUGCUCUCGCAGAAUGUGGCACGGCCAACCCGGCCACUUGCACGGCCGUGUAAAUCUUAUGCUCUGCCCGUGUGUGCUCUCGGCAAAACACGCACGGCGAGGCCAUUACUUCACACGGCCGUGUGAACAUCAGGGCAGCCCGUGUGACCUCCUUUGUGACUUGUCUCGCACCCGAUCUUCACCCAAUCGACCCCGAACUUGCUCCUAAACCUUCAUUCACUUGCCAGGACCUGAAAUAUCACAAACAAGCACAACCUAGCGUGAAAUCGGUCUAAAACACGAGAAACCACAUCUCAAACGGUGUAAGAACAGGGGUGAAAACAUGUGUAACUAACGGUCUAUCAAACUCCCCCACACUUAACCGUUUGCUUGUCCCCAAGCAAACCUAACUCAAACCAAUGCAACUCUCCAGACCUCUAUAGCAACAAACAACCCAGAUCGUAGGUAGAGGACUUCCUAGAUCAUUUAGCAACUUACAAGGUCAACCGACGCACAAGUCAUCUCAUAACUUCUUCGGCGAGUCGGCAUCAUGGCAAAUAGUGAACAGAGGACAAAUGAAUUGUGGAUGAAGAGAUUCUCAAAAAUAACAGAUCAUGGACUCA